CUGCCUCUCCAUUCGACGCUUGCAGCGUCAGCAAAUGUUGUGAGUCCUCUGCUUCAGUGGUUGCCGGUCGUAUCCCCGCGCUCAAAGUGCUUUACCGGUAAAAACAUGGAGGUGACAGCGGCGCGCCGGUCGUUCCUCUGCGAUAUCGGCUUCUGGGCCGACCGGACUGCCCUGCAUGAAGCGGCGUCCCACGGCAGGGCCCUGCAGCUGAAGCAGCUGAUAGAGAGCGGGGCGUCGGUCAACAUGGUGACGGUGGACAACAUCACUCCGCUGCAUGAAGCCUGCAUACAGGCUCAUCCGAACUGUGCCCGGCUGCUGCUGCAGGCUGGAGCCCAGGUGGACGUACGGACCAUCCAUGGCAGCACUCCUCUGUGCCACGCCUGUGCCUCUGGCAGCCUGGAGUGUGCCAAGCUGCUUUUGGAGUAUGGUGCCAAAGUUAACCCGUCCCUCACAGCCCUCACCGCCUCGCCACUCCACGAGGCCUGCAUACAAGGUAAAGUUGAAGUAGUGAAGUUGAUGAUAGCCAGCGGUGCCCAGCUGGAGGCCUACGAUGUCCACUUUGGUCCACCCCUCCACAUCGCAUGUGCUAAAGGACACGUGGACUGUGUCAAGGAGUUGCUCAGUGCAGGUGCCAAUGUGAAUUCAGUGAAGUUCCAUGAGACAGCUUUGCACCAUGCGGCACGAGUCCACAUGGUGGACAUGAUCGAGCUGCUGGUGGAGUUCGGAGCCAAUGUGUACGCCAGCGACAACCUGGGAAGAAAGCCUGUGGACUACACAACACCUGCGUCUCCGGCUCACACCUGCCUCAUGUUUUAUGAAAGUAAUCCUCUGAGCCUGCAGCAGCUUUGUAGAAUCGUUGUGAGGAUGAUGCUCGGUACCAGAGCCUCAGAGGUCAUAGGUCAGCUGGACAUAUCCCACCGCAUCCACAGCUACCUGCAGUACUGUCAUCAUCCCACAUCAAUAGACUGACACAUGAAUGGAUUUCUAAACCUGAGAGAGAGACUGGUUUGAAAUAACAACAUCUCUAAAAAGGAGCAUCAUGGACAACAUAUCUGCUUAUAAGUUGAAACAUGUGGGGUUAUAAUUAAAUUUCUUGAAUGCA